CGCCUAGGCCGCCAGACUGAGCCCUUCCCAGCCCCCGGUCCGGCCACUCCUCCUCUUCCGCGCCUUUCCCUGGCUCGGUGCGCCCAGCGCUCCCUUGAGCGGUGUCCCGGAAGGCAAACUCAUCUUUCUUGUUAAGCAGAGCUUUGGAAUCGGCCUCUAGUUUUAAGAAGGCAAACAUGGCGUCGAGUGCCCAGAGAAAAAGGAUGAGUCCUAAGCCAGAGCUUACUGAAGAGCAGAAACAGGAAAUCCGGGAAGCUUUUGAUCUCUUUGACGCAGAUGGGACCGGGACCAUUGAUGUGAAGGAGCUGAAGGUGGCAAUGAGAGCCCUGGGCUUUGAGCCCAAGAAAGAAGAAAUCAAGAAAAUGAUAAGUGAAAUUGAUAAGGAGGGGACAGGCAAAAUGAACUUCAGUGAUUUUCUGACAGUGAUGACACAGAAAAUGUCUGAGAAAGACACCAAGGAAGAAAUCCUGAAAGCAUUCAAGCUCUUCGAUGAUGAUGAAACCGGGAAAAUAUCAUUCAAAAAUCUGAAGCGCGUGGCCAAGGAGCUGGGUGAGAACCUGACUGACGAGGAGCUGCAGGAAAUGAUCGAUGAAGCUGAUCGAGAUGGAGAUGGAGAGGUCAACGAGCAGGAGUUCCUGCGCAUCAUGAAGAAGACCAGCCUCUAUUAGGGCCAGCGUUGUCAUCUCUCUUCUGCUGUGAGCACCUGUGACUAGAUUCAGUGCCUGCUGCCCUGUGAAACCCGGUUCCCCCACUUCCCUGUGUCACCUCAGCCGUGACCUCCAAUCUAGUUUGGACUUUUGGACAUGUUCUUUGAUAUUAAAGAUCUUUGUCAAAUGA